GCAACGCUUAGCCCACAAAAGCAAAACAAAGCAAUUGAAGGAAGGAAAAGAAAACGCAAUUGCGUCUCUAAGAAAGAGGAUAAAACCAAAUUGCACCGCAACCGAAAAGCAAAAAUGUCGGAGAUCAAGGCGUUGGAGCACGCCACCCUGAAAGUGCCAUACGAGAUGCUGAACAAGCGCUUCCGUUCGGCACAGAAGAUUAUCGACAGGGAGGUGGACCAGGUGACCAAUGUAUCGCGUCAGGUGGAAAAGGCCCUUGAAGCAGAGGAGGGUCCCAUUCUGGCCGAGGUUACCAAGCUGGUGGAUAACGUCGCGCAAAAAUUGCAGGUGCUCAAGCGCAAGGCCGAGGAGAGCAUCAACGAUGAGCUGAGCGUCACACAGAUCUGCAAGCGUAAGCUGGACCACCUAAAGGGCAUUACACCACCAAGCAGCGUUACUGGCGACCUGUGGCAGGGGUCCGUGGAUCAAUGGAAGCGCAUCCGACUAGACCGCCUGGUCAUCGAGCACCUGCUGCGCAUGGGAUACUAUGAAACGGCCGAAGAGCUGGCCGCCAAAUCCGAUGUGCGCCACCUGACCAACCUGGACAUUUUUCAGACGUCGCGCGAGGUCGAAGAUGACUUGGCCAGUCACAGCACCACCAAAUGCGUGCUUUGGUGCAUAGACAAUAAGUCCAAGCUCCGCAAGAUCAACUCGACCAUUGAAUUCAGUCUGAGGGUGCAAGAAUUCAUCGAGCUAGUGCGUCAAAAUCAGCGCUUUGAGGCUGUGAAGCAUUCGCGUCGCUACUUCCCCGCCUACGAGAAGACUCAGCUGAACGAGAUUUGCCACGUGAUGGCCCUGUUGGCCUAUCCGGCCGAUGCCCAAGCCGAGCACUACCGAAAGUACAUGGAUCCGCAGCGCUGGCAAAAGUUGGUGUUGGACUUCCGUCAAGAAAACUACCGCCUCUUCCAGCUAUCCAGCACGUCUGUCUUCUCGGCAGCCGUGCAGGCCGGUCUGUCGGCCCUGAAGACGCCCCACUGCUAUGCCCAGACCUGCCGCAACCUGAACUGCCCGGUGUGUCAGGAGGAUCUCAACCGCAUCGCUCUCAAGUUGCCAUACUCGCACUGUGUGCAGAGCCGACUUAUAUGCCGGGUCACAGGGCUGCCACUCAACGAGCACAAUCAGCCGAUGAUGCUCCCCAACGGACAGAUCUUUGGCCAGAUGGCUCUGCCGGACAUCACCAAAGACGACGGCACAGUCACCUGUCCGGUGACCAAUACGAAGUUCUCCAACCCCAAGGUCGAAAAGGUCUUUGUGAUGUAAACGGCACUGGAUUCGACGCCCUCUUCCUACCCAACCGCACUAAGUUAAGCAAUGAACAACUCUAUUUUUGAACAUGUAACUUCAUAUCUAUUGUGUACACCUAUGUCUAAUAUUAUUACUAUUGAUAAGCCAGAGAGCCCGCGAACAUCCACGAUUUGAAUUCCGAUUUCGAUUAUUCGGCAACUGAAUGCUGCUGCUGCUGCGCGUGCGCAGGUCUAUUGAUUAGUUGACUCCACUCCGCAUCCACGGGCUGGUUUGUUUCGCAGUCAGUGCUUCGAGGUUGAUUCACGCGUACUGCGUAAUUUGACUCUGCCUCCGAAGUGGCACACUAUGCACACCUAACACCACUUAUAUAUUACAUUAAAAUACAAAUGAAAUAAAGGUUAAAUCGUACGACUUA